ACCCUGGGCUGAAGGAUGGAGCUAUUGCUUCUUCACUACCCAUUUACUUUCCUGCUCAUUGCAGUUCUAAUCCUUUGCUGGCUGUAUCCUACAUUCAGAUACUUCUGCAUGAUGACCUUCUACCAGGUGUGGAUCUUCACCAUCAGCUUUCUGGUUAUUAUCAUUGCUCUUCCUCGUGGCCGCAGCUGCGAAAAUAUGAAGAUUCUGCGCAUGGCGAUUCUUUCAGCCAAAUAUUUCCUUGGUAUCAAGAUAGCGGUGAAGGGCGAGGAGAACCUCAGCACUAAGAAGCCUUGUGUGCUCGUGUUGAAUCACCAGAACUCGCUGGACAUUAUGGUGAUGAUGCAGAUAUUACCAGAUCGCUGUGUGCCCAUUGCAAAGAAGGAAAUACUGUACAUGGGCACUUUUGGCCUCGCAUGCUGGCUUUCAGGCAUCAUUUUCAUUGACCGUAAGAAGAAGGAAGAGUCCAUUGCUAUCUUGACAGAGGUGGCACACGCCAUGCGCAAAGAUAACUUCCAUGUCUUGAUCUUCCCUGAAGGAACUCGCAAUCACAGUGGCUCCAUGCUGCCCUUCAAACGUGGGGCCUUCCAGCUGGCCGUGAGAGCCCAGAUCCCCAUUGUUCCUGUAGUGAUCUCUUCCUACAACAGCUUCUACAGCCAGAAGGAGAAGAGAUUCACAUCAGGGACGAGCACCAUCCAGAUCUUACCAGCAGUGGAGACAGUUGGUCUGAGCUCAGAUGAUGUUCCCAAGCUCACUGAGCAGGUCCGUGACUCCAUGAUGAGUGCCUAUCAGAGGAUAUCAGGAAUGACAAAUGGGGAUUCCCAUGAAUGAUCCCACAACCACAAAAAGGCCCAGAAGCAGAAAACACAAAGCCUGCAAGCCUGACAGUGACAGGCAAAAGCAUGGAAUCAUUUGAUUUGGAAGGGACUCUUGAAGCCAACACCCACAGCUCCAUCAGUGCUCAGAACCCCUCCAGCCUGACCUUGGCUGUCUGCAGGGAUGGGGCACCCACCAAACCUCUGGGCAACCUGUGCAGUGCCUCACUGCCCUUAUUGUACAAACCUUUCUCCUUGUAUCCAAUCUAAAUUUCUCCUCUUGUCCUGUCACAACAACCCCUGCUAAAGACUCUGUCCCCUUUCUUACAGCCCCUUUAGAUACUGAAGGCCGCCCUCAGCUCUCCCCACAGCCUUCUCCUCUCCAUGCUGCACAGCCCCAGCUCUCAGCCUGUCCUUGCAGGGAUGUGUUCCAUCCCUGGGAUCAUUUUUCUGGCUCUCCUCUGGAUGCACUCCAACAGCUCCACGUCUCUCCUGUGCUGAGCACUCCCCAUCUGGACGCGGUGCUCCAGGUGAGGUCACAGCACAGAGCAGAGGAGCAGAUCCCCUCCCUGCCCUGCUGGCCACACUGCUCUGGGUACAGCCAGGGGAUGGUUGGCUUUCUGGGCUGUGAGGGCACACUGCUCGUGCCCAGCUGCCACCCACCGGUACCCCCAGAUCUUUUUGGCAGAGCUGUGCUCCAUCCUUACACACCACAGCUUAUACUGAUAGCAGGGGUUGCCAUGACCCAGGUGCGGGUUCCCACCACUCAUUCUGACCAGGUCUCUCUGGAUGGCAUCCUGUCCCUGAGGCACACUGACCACACCACACAGCUUGGUGUGAUCCGCUAACUGCUCAGGGUGCACUCAAUCCCACUGUUAAUAUCACUGAUGGAGAUCAUAAAGAGCUCUGAUCCCAGCGCAACUCACAACCAGUUCCUCAUCCAUUGAACAGUCCACCCAUCCAGUCCAUACCUUUCCAGUUUGGAGACAAGGAUGUCAUGGUGGACCGUGUCAAAGAAAAAUGUCCCCAGAAGAAGAAAAACGUUUAAGUGGUAAAAUGGUGGUCAACUUCCUUUCUGAGAACUGUGCUUCCUGAGCUCUAUGGAUGGACACUCAAUGGACAACUGGACAAUAGUUUGUAAUCUUAACCCUGAGAGCUUCUCUCCAUCUUGGACCCCAGGACAAGGUGAAUCUUUUCUGUGACCAUUGCUGUGUGCUUAAUCACCUUAAAAGCCAACAAGAUGGAGGCAUUUAUCCUAGAGUCUGUGGCCAUCCUGCCUGAGGAGUUGGUUGUCUUGUUAGAAAGUCCCUUGGCCCUCCUUUUAGGCAAAGGGAGGCUUUGUGUUCCAUGGUUGGUCAGAUCUUGAAAGCACAAAGGGAAUGUGCCCACAGGAUUUAGAGGCAAACUGCAGAAAUGCAUCACUUGAAGUCCUUGUCUUGCCCUGAAAAUGAUUUCUUUACGCAACGUUUUUUUUUUAACCUCAUCCGCAAUGGGAGAGACAGCUCCUGAUUUCUGGAAGCUUCCUGGUUUUUCCCUGUCUUCUCUAUGUCCUCAACACAAUUUCUGUUGCAGAUGAGGGAGAAUAGAGCACGAAUAAGAUAUAAAAUAAACACACUUUAAAAGCUUGA